CGUCUGGGGUCCCUGCUCAUUCCUCCUGCCUCCUGACACCGUCGCAGCCACAGAACACUGUCGUGAGGAGGAGGUGGCUGCGGCUGGAAUGCACAUCCUCGGUCUCAGCAGCUUCCAGCUUCACUGCACCUGAGGAACGCACAGGCAACCUGGUCUUUUGGAGGAAGAACAUGCCGUCUUCAGCGCGAACCCUCCUGACCAGCACCUGCGCCCGGGAUGCUGGCGCCCGGACUCUGAGACAGGCAGCAGGUGGAUGUAUUUCCUUCCCGUUCAAACUGCGCUUUUACUUCAGGAAAAGCUGCACGUCCGGAUGGAAAGAGAAACAUCUGUUUCCAGACACAGAGCCUCUUCGCUGCCUGUCGUUCCUGAGCCGCCUUCCUCCCGCCGUGGGUUUUAUCUCGGGGAGAAGAAAUGGUGGCGUAUUUAAAAGAUCAACGUGGAAGCGUUCCAGUGUCAAAUCACAACAUGGGUAUUUUCAGCGAAAGCUUUCAACGGCACUGAAAGGAAAACCUGGUCCGUGGGCUUUAGAAACAGCACAUGAGACUUGGAGAAACCAACGCGUGUCAGGGAGAGGCCGCCGGCAGGCGCGUCGGCACGCAGACCCUCUGCCGCCGUUUCUGACUCGGACGCUUCUGCCCCGGUGGCUCCUCAGAGGACCUUGGCACUCGCUCUCCCUCCUGCUCCGGGUGCUCUUUCCUGAGAUCAGCACGUGGCCGCCUCGGUUUCGCGUUGAAUGGGCUGAAUCAGGGCCCCCAGUGAUGCCUACGUCCCAACCCCCACAGCCUGUAACUGCUGCCUCAGGGCGUGAGGGACUUUGCAGCACAUGCAAACACUUCCAUCUUCCUCCUGAGAACGAAGGGACAGACCUGCUCUCCCCACACGGCCUCGAGGGCCCCAGCGUCAAGUCUGUGGCUGGCCUUCUUGUCCUCGGACAUGAAUUCAGGCCUCCAUCAUCCCUGACGGAGGGCAGCGUCUAGGUCAGGUGCACAGAGCGUGUUCCAGGGGCUGGUGAACUGGUCCCUUCCCUCCGGGUGGCCCAUCCCUGCAGACGAGCCGGGUCUCCUCAGGCUGCCAGACCCUGUCCCUGCAAUCGGCAUUUCCCGGUGCCUGUCUCUCCCCGCCCCCACGCUCAGUCCCACUAGGAUCCCCGCAGCCCAUGCCGCCUCCACGUGUGACCACCUGCCGAUCCUGGGACUGGUGUGCUCAACUUGGCCACGCAUGCCACCCUGAACGGAUCUUUCCCAGAACGCUGUGGCCAGCGUGUCCCUCGUGGUGGAAGCAUGAGGCUGGGACUUGCUUCCGGCCAUGAGGACGGUGAGGGCUGGCCUCCGAAUGUGCCAGGCCCAGCCCGCAGGUGGAGAAGGGAGACCCGUCAGGACAGGCUGAGGGCCGCGGCGGAGGCAGACCCUCUCGGGAGUGUCCAUAACGUGAGCCCGUGGCCUCCUUCCUCUUUUGGGUCUGAUUGAGCCAGAGUUUCUGUUACUUCAUCGCAAACGUCUUAGGGACACUCUGUGCAAUGAUGACUCACGCUUUACAGCCUCUCCCACCAGAUCGUGAGCUUCUGGGUCCCUGAGGGAAGAGUGGCCAAAUGAACGAAUACACGAACGAAUGCAAAGAAAUGAGGAGAGAGCCCGGGGCCAGAGUGUGUGGAGGGCUGUGUAAGGUCAUGGCCGUGUGGAGGGCUGUGGAAGGCCAUGACCGUGUGGAGGGCUGUGUAAGGAGGCCAUGACCCGUGUGGAGGGCUGUGGAAGGAGGCCAUGGCCGUGUGGAGGGCUGUGGAAGGUCAUGGCCGUGUGGGGGGCUGUGGAAGGUCAUGGCCGUGUGGAGGGCUGUGGAAG